AUGGCGACCCCGUCGAGCGCGUUCCCAUACUCGCCCACACCGCAAGAUUCGGCCGCCUUUCCCUCCGACACUCGCUCAACUCCUCCUCCUUCCAGCGUUCCUUCCGCUUCCGACUCUCGGCGACAGAGCGUCAAGCAGGCGCCCGAAACGGCUUACCCCUCACCGCCCAGCUCAAGCGCACCUUUCCCCUCCGUAUCGGCUACUCAAGCCGCUUCCGCCGCAACGACCCGCUCCACUCGCCCCGCUUACGACCCAAGCCUCGUCAUCCCGCCCUUCAACCCGAACAAGCGCAAGUCGACGUCGUCGGCCACGCCUUCGUCGAGCUCGUCGAGGCGGAACUCUGCGCAGGUUGAGACGGGUGCUGCGCAGAUGAGCGCGACGCAGCUGUACCAGCAGCAGCAGUACUAUCUGCAGCAGCAACAGCAGCAGCAGCCUCAUCAGCGACCCGUCUCCGUCAUGCCUGGCUACCCCUCGCACCCGCACACCAACUACGCCUACCCCUCGUCCGCCUUCACCCCUUCGUCCUCUGUCGCUCCCUCGCCCGUCCCGACUCCCGCCCCCGUCCAAGGUGGUCCAGGCGGGUCCGUGUCGUCCCGCUCUCGCCAAUCAGUCGGCUACCUCCCGACCUCUCCCUCGAACGCCCAAUCCUUCGCCGGCCAAGGCCCCUACCCGCACCUCUACACUCCGCACCCGAUGCCGCGCCAGAAGGUCUAUUUCGGUCCCUACAUCCUCCUCCAGACGCUUGGCGAAGGCGAGUUUGGAAAGGUCAAGUUGGGCGUGCAUGCGGAGCGGUGGGGUGAGGACGUUGCGAUCAAGCUCAUCAAGCGAGGGAAUGUCGACACGGUGCAACGUGGUGAGAAGGUUAGGAGGGAGAUCGAGGUGCUCAAGAUGGUUCGCCAUCCGAACAUUGUCAGGCUCUACGACGUUAUCGAAACGGAGAAGUACAUCGGCAUCGUGCUCGAGUACGCGUCAGGCGGCGAGCUUUUCGACCACAUCCUCGCCCACCGCUACCUCAAGGAGCGCGACGCGUCUCGCCUAUUCGCCCAGCUCAUCUCGGGCGUCGGCUACCUCCACUCGAAGGGCGUCGUCCACCGCGACCUCAAGCUCGAAAACCUCCUCCUCGACCGCAACCGCAACGUCAUCAUCACCGACUUUGGCUUCGCGAACCGGUUCAACGAUGCGCACGUCGACCUCAUGGCGACCUCGUGCGGCUCGCCCUGCUACGCCGCGCCGGAACUCGUCGUCUCGGACGGCAAGUAUGUCGGAACGGCCGUCGAUGUCUGGUCCUGCGGCGUCAUCCUGUACGCGAUGCUCGCCGGCUACCUGCCCUACGACGACGACCCCGCCAAUCCCGAGGGCGACAACAUCAACCUCCUGUACAAGUACAUCCUCAGCACGCCCCUCACCUUUCCCGACUGGAUCACCGACGAGCCGCGUGACCUCCUCCUCACCAUGCUCGUGCCCGACCCGACAAAGCGCUGCACGAUCCACGACGUCAUGCGCCAUCCUUGGCUGCGGCGGUACGCGCCUGCGUUCGAGAAGACGGUCGACGAGCUCGAGUUCCAGGCGCAAGAGCUCGAGCGGCACAAGCGCCAUGCCCUCGAGGUUCAGCGCCAGUGGCUCAUCCAGCAGCAGAAGCAGGCUGCUCUCGCCGCGCAGGGCCUGCUCGCGCCGAGCAUGACUCGCAGCCAGACGGCGACGACCUCGAUGGGCGGCGUCGCGGCCUUCAACCCGAGCGCUUCGACUCCUGCAUCGGCGUCGAUGGCGGCUGCGGUCGCGCAGCAGCGGCACCGCUCGGCGAUGGUCACCUCAGCCUCGACUACCGCCGUCACUGCCCCGCUCUCGCAGCACGGCUUGGAGCACUACUCGAUGGCGUCGACGCCCAUGUCGCCGUCGCUCUCGCAGCCUGCGACGCCGACCGCCCCGGAAGAGCCGACUUCGCCUCGCUCUCGCACCACUUCGACCUCUUCCGCUUCUCGCCGACCGAUCCCAGUUCCGAGCUCGUCCAACCCGAACAGGCGCUCGGGACAGUACACGAUCAGCUCGACCCCGCCCACGACGCAGACCGAAUUCGUCGCCGCCAACGCCGGUCCCUUCUCGUUCGAAUCGACUCGCGCAAACACCUCGCUCCCAACGUCCGCCUCCGUUCCAAUGGUCCCCUCCCUUUCCGCUCCCGCCGCAGCUCAGUCGCUCGCCGCGGUCCCGCAUACCGCGAGCGAAGACACGGUCAUGGCCGACGGUAUGCCUUCGCCCGCCGCGAGCGCCGGCCCGUCGAGGCGCGAGAGUUCAACGGAGGAGACGAUCGACGAGAUGGCGGCGAGGAGGCGGAAGGCGGCGCAUCGUGCGACGGUGCAAGUCGAGUACGACCCAGCGGCAUCGACUCGCCGGCGAGGAGCGUCAAAGGAGCCCUCGCUUUCGACGCCGUUCGAGGGUGUCGCUGUCGAUGGACUCGGCAUCGCCACCGCUGCAGAGGCGGAAGCGUCUGCGGUCCCGGAGGAGGGUUUGCUUGAGGUUCCGGCUUCGCUGUCGCGAGGUGCGCCGAGCCCGACGCCCAGCAUGGGUGCAGUCAGCAUCAGCACAACGACCGAGACGGCGCCGGGCGAGGACGUCGUCAUGCAGUCUGUCGAGGAGGUCACGGAGCCAAUCGAGGUGCCGGACUUGUCGAAGGACGCCCCGUCUCCGCCGCCUGUUCCCGCGUCCGAAGAGACCGCCGUCGUACCGCCGACCGCCUCGACCGUCCCCUUCCCUUCCGACGCACCGAGCGCCGGCCCUUCUUCCCCGACAGAACCGACCUCGCCAACAUCUACCUCGAACGGCUUCCUCGCAGCGAUGCCUCGGAAGCGCAAGAGUUCGGGCUCGCCCGCAUCCUCCCUCAACCCCGACCCGGCGCCUGCGCUUCCUCAGCCGCCUACUGUCGCCGAAGAAGCUGCAAAGGCUUCGCAGCCGAAGACGAGCACCAACAGCCAGGCCUCACAGCCUCCGAGACCUCCUUCUGCCGCUUCCAGCCGCCACCGCCACGCUCCUUCCGCCGACCGCUUCUCGCUCCGCUCUUUCCUUGGCGGCGCGAACCAGACGAGCGAAAAGUCCGGCCGCGUCCCGCCAGUCCCGGCGAAGGACUCGCCGCUCGACGAGGUGACGAACCGGCGCAAGUCGACUCGCCGGCAGAAGGCGCUCUCGCUGCAGCCGUUCCGCCACAGCGUCAGCUCGAAACUGCCGAAGCAGGCUCGGGCGAACGUCGAGGCGGCGUCCGUCAUGGCUUCUCGGGACCGCUCCAGCACCGUUGCCGGGUCGUCGAGCACGCAGGACGGCAUGCCUCCGCCUCUUCCGAAGCCGCAAGAGGCGCUGCAGCAGGUUCAGGCGUCGCCGGCUUGGGUACGCCAAGGGCGAACGCAGAAGCUGUCGGACGGUGCUUCCUCGGCGACUGGAUCGAAGCGGUUCUCGGCGGACCUCGAGGCGAACUGGCAGGGCUCGUCGUCGUCUGUGCCGCCAUCGGGCAAGGCCAAGGCGGUCAUGGACUGGUUCCGCCGCAAGAGUACUCGCAACGAGCUGUCUGCCCAGAUGCUCGCGCCGAUCAAGACCGACUUUGACGACCGGCGCAAGCGGCCUCUCUCGACCGCGACCGAGGUCACCGAAGGAGUCGUUUCGAGCAACGUCAGCAUGCGCGACGCCGCGUCGACGCCCGUCCCGGCUGAGCGACCGCCCUCUGUCGUCAUCACCCAGCCGGUCGUCUCGGCUGCGCCUGCGGAAACCUCGCUCACGCAGAGCCAGAUCAGUCACCGCACGGCGUCGACCCUGUCGUCCAGCAUCGCGCAUGUGCCGACCUCCGCAGCUCCGCCGCCUCGCCCAUCCCAGCCUGCCCAGCAGCAGUCGAUCGCUCCGCCAGCUUUCGUCGCGAGCAAGUUGCGCUUCCACCAAGGCGCGCUCGACAAGAACGCCAUCACGUACCGGUCCCCGGACGAGGUCAUCGCUGAGAUCAAGCAGGCGCUGUGGAACAUGGGCGUCGACAUGGCUGCUGAGGGCGAGUACAAGAUCAAGUGUGUUCGCAAGAGCCGCAAGAAGGCCAUGGCAGCGUCGGCGAUUCAGCGCUCGGCCAGCUCGUCGAACGUCAAUGCGCUCGACCGCCGCCUCAGCCUCACGAACGCGCCUGGCCUCCCGCAGUCGCCGUCGAUGGGCUUCCGCUCGAUCUUUGGCAAGAAGUCGCACGCCACGACGCCCCUCCACUCUCCCUCCCUGGCUCCUUCGCCGACGCUCACCAUGCCCGGCACGCCCACCGCCUCGACGCAGGAGCACUUCGACCCGCUCUCCUCGCCGAUGACGACGUCGGUGUCGCAGUUCAGCAUGCUCUCGCUCUCGUCGCCGCAGCCUCUGCCCGACUACGGUGGGGAGAAGUCGGCCGACGCCGGCGACGAGGUCCGCUUCGUUGUCGAGAUGACGCGGGUCCGCAACCUCGACAAGCUGUACUGCGUCGACGUCAAGCGCAUGAAAGGUGGUCCGUGGUCAUACAAGCACGUCUACGACCAGCUCCUCGGCGCCCUCGAACUCGGCCCGGUCGUCUAG